GAUGUCGAUCAUCUUUUCGUCGCGCGAGCUGGCUGCUAGCUGUCAAACUUUUUUCUGCGAGCAGUUCACAUCUUCAUUUACACACCACCUAUUUCUUAACACUACAGUGAUGAUAGGAAGGUAACAAUUAUUCAGUUGACUAGUAGGCCAAGAACUUGAAUCAAUUGGACAUUACCAUCAUCAUCAAAACGGUUCAAACGGAAAGUAAAUUCUGACCAAAGAAGAAGACUUUCAACAAUGAUACUGAAAAAAUAGACGAAAUUUACAAUGGGAGGCGGUUGCACGAAAGCCAGCACCUUGCCUGUGGAGGAGAAUGUGACGAGGUGGCGUGGACAUGUUCUUUACGACAACGGCCUUGAAUCCGAUGAAGAGGGAGGACCGUUGGUGCGGAAAUCGUCUUCCCGUCGUCGGCUAUCUGCAGAGAUUAAAGCUAUGUACACAUCCAAUGCAAAGCGCCAAGAAAUCACCAUCCUUCACUUUAAUGAUGUCUACAACAUCACUCAAAGGCACGUUGAACCUGUUGGGGGUGCUGCUCGAUUUGCAACAAUGAUAAGACGCUAUAUGGAUUUACACCCUCUUGUGUUUUUUAGCGGAGAUGCUCUUAAUCCAUCAAUAAUGAGUAGUUUGCUGAGAGGUACUCAGAUGAUACCGAUUCUGAAUGCCAUGCACGUUAAAGCGGCUGUCUACGGAAAUCACGAUUUCGAUUUCGGUAUUGAUGAGCUUCAAGACUUUGUGAAGGAAACUGAUUUCCCGUGGUUGUUAAGUAACGUAAUUGAUGACUUCACUGGCUGUCCUCUUGCUGAUGGAGUCGUUUCAGAGAUUCUUCACUGGAGGGGCACAAAGAUUGGAAUUAUGGGAUUGGUAGAGGAAGAAUGGCUUGUGACAUUAGCGACUAUAGAUAGGGAAAAUCUGACCUACAUUGAUUUUGUGACGAAGGGAAAGGAAUUAGCUAAAGAACUUAAAGAACAGGGUGCUGAAUUCAUCAUUGCAUUAACUCACAUGCGCAUGCCAAACGACAUCAGGUUGGCGGAGGAAGUUGACAGCAUUGACCUUAUACUUGGAGGCCAUGAUCACGACUAUGAGGUUAAACUGGUUAAUAACAAGUACAUUGUGAAGAGUGGUACUGAAUUCAGACACAUGACUAAAAUCAAUAUCAGUUUCUAUGAGCUGCCCGAUGUGCGAGUGACGACGGAUGCUAUAACAAUUGACUCAAGUGUUGAAGAAGAUCCAGAAGUUAAAAGCAUUGUAGGCUCUUUUCAACGUCAAAUGACUCAAGAAUUGGAAACCUCCCUUGGACACAUCGAAGUUGAACUUGAUGGACGCUUCUCUUCCAUCAGGAAUCAGGAAACAAAUCUAGGUAACUUUGUCGCUGACAUCAUGUUGGAAGCAAUGAAUGCGGACAUAGCAUUGAUAAAUUCAGGAACAUUUCGUUCUGACACACUUCACCCGGAAGGAGAAUUCAAGAAGAAAGAUUUGAAGAGCAUAUUACCACUUGUGGACUCAAUUGUUGUUCUUAAGGUCACAGGCAUGCAGAUUUGGAAGGCCCUUGAGAAUAGCGUGUGUCAAUACCCUAAGAAAGAGGGCCGAUUCCCCCAGGUGGCUGGUAUGAGGUUUAGCUUCAACCCUGAAGAAGAGCUUGGCCAGAGGGUUGACCCAUUAUCAAUCAUCAUUGAAGACGAAGGUUGUAUACUUCCAAAUAAGGUUUAUAGACUCUGUACAAAGAAUUAUAUAGCAAAAGGAAAGGAUGGUUAUACAGUUUUCAAAGAUUGUGAAUAUGUGGUAGAUGAAGAGAAUGGACCAAACCUAUUCACUAUCGUCCAAAAUCAUUUUGCAUCUGUCAUGAUUGUGAAAGGACUGAAGCCUUGUCGAUCAGGUCAUAGACAGAGUUUGAUCAGCUUAGCCAAGAAACCAAGUUUUUUGACUGAAGCCAGUUUGAAGAGGGUAGAGCAUGACAAGUGUACCAUAGCUCCCGAGGUUGAGGGAAGGAUCACGCAAAUGGAUGAGGAACAAGUUAAAAUGCUUCCGGAAAAUAGGGAGACAUUCUUGAAAGUUGCCAAUGGAGAGUUAGAUGAAUCAAUUCUUAUAGUUAAGCAUAAGGAUGAUGUGUGUGAAGAUUCAUCAGAGAGUGAGGAGUCGGAGGUAGAAGAGGUUCAGGAGAUCAUUGAGCCAGGAACUCCACCUGGUUCUCCACUACAAUUUCAACGAGAGAAGGUUAUGCAAGAGAUAUGGACAGCUGUUGAGAGAGACGAUGUUAUCAAGGUUAAGCAAUUACUAGACAAUGAUUAUAUUGAUGUGGAUUCGCUCUAUGAAAACAUCAUGAUCCUCCACAAGGCAGCAAGCUGUAAUGCCGUCCUUACUACAUAUUAUCUUGUUAAGGAACUUGGAGCAUAUUCAAAUUGUAGAGAUGAUCUUCAAAAGAGCACACCAUUAAUGCACGCCGUAGAAAGUGCACAUAUAGAAGUAUCCGCAAUCCUUCUUGAGUUUGGCGCCAAUGUGGAUGCUUUAAACGAGUUGGGCAAGAGUGCUUUGGAUUUGGCAACAGAAGAUGGCAAGGACCAAAUAAAAAUCAUGAUGCUUAAUGGAAUCAGUGAAAGUGAGGAUAUGAUAAAGGCUAUAGAGAAGGAGUUAAAUAAUACAAUGGAAGGGAUGCCUGAUAAGGAUUCUUCAAAAGGCAGUAAAAAUGAGAGGAACAAAGAAGAAAAAGAAUUAAAUGAAAACAUACAAGAGGAUUUUCAUCAAGAAGAAAAUGACAUUCAAAAUGAUAAGAAUGAAGAAGAUUUGAGUGACCUUCGAACAUCACCCACUUUAGAAAGCGACCAACAAGACGUGACAUUAGAAGAUGAUGAACCUGAGGUCCAACCAAUAAGUAAACUAACUGAUACAUGGAGGGAUUCAAGACGUGGAAGUAUAUUAGAAGUGAUACACGAAGAAGACGAAGACCAAAAGGAAAAGUCUGAUAAAGAGAUAUCACAGGAAGAUGAAACAGGGGAUACAGGAGUGAGUGAAGAAACUGAAGGAAAGGAGGAGAUAAAGAUUGAGAAGGAAGUAUCUGAUGAGUUGGAAGAAGGGAAAUUGGAAGAAAAUGUGAACAAUAGAAUUGGGGAACAAAUGUUAAUUGAUGAAGGUAUAGAGGUUGAUAAUGAUGGUAACACGUGACAAUAAGGUAUAGGCAGUGCAUGUGAUGGGAUCAAUUUUUGGUAUGUGUUCUGCAACUGAAAGUUGUCAGGUUUGUUGAGAUACCAGUACAGUACCAAGGUGUAUUUUGGUGGUUAAAAUUCUUGCUAUUCAAUCCCAGGUUUCUGGAUAUGAAUCCUACAAGCAAGGUUUUUCUGUUUCAGACUAAAAACAACUGGCGGCCACAUUUUGAAAAUUUGGUUUAUAGUGCAUUAUAAAUUCAGCUUUCUUUUAACCAAACAUUGAAUUUACAUUCAACGCUGGUCUGCUACUGCUCACAACCUUAUUGCUUCCCAUAUUUUCAGUCAGAACUAAGCCACAUCAAGCCUAGGAUUUUUAGCAAUUAAUCUCGCCAAACCUAGUGUUUUAUUUUUAUUUUACUUUUUAUAGUAUGGUGGUACUUAUACCUUUUAACAAAAUUUGAAAGACCAGGAGAUUUUAGCUAUGAAUGUCUAGUAAUUGUAAACUUUCCGAAAAGGAAAUGAAGUAGGUGCUUGGGCACUAGUACAGUAGUAGCGUAGCAGGCAAUAGUUGAGUGAAGUCACAAUUGACUUGCUAUAUAAUACUAAGACGAGGUUCUGCUGUUUACAGUCCCUAUGUAUUUGUAUAAUGUUUGCAUAAUUCCAUUCCAAUUUUUUUUUACUUAAGAAAACUCUUGAGCGGUUUCAGAACUCAUUACGUGUUUGGUCCGUAGAAUUGACUGAAAUAUGAUAAUGCUGCCUCUCAACAUAAGCAACCAGAAUUUGGCAUGUUUACCUUUUAAAAUGAUUUUCAUAUUGAUUGUAGCAACAAUAAAAACAAGAAUACCAUAAAAAUAAUAAAAAUAUAUUAUACUCCUGAUGCACCUAUUAUGCAUUCACAAAAUCCUUGCAUGAAUGCUGUCAAUACUACCACUUAGUGUGUAUACAUAUUUUUUUGUAUUAUGUUAGUAUCAUAAUUUAAUCUAUUUUUAAAAUUUUAAAUUAUUAUUCAAUAGCCAAAAACUCAGUAAAUAUCAGUAUUCCAUCCAUCUCCCAACAUUUAUUUUUUGUGCAAUAUGUAUAUAUUCUAUAUACAUGUAUAUAAGAUAUACACACAAAUUGUGUAUAUUAUAUUAUAUUCAUUUGAAAAUUUCUAUCUUGGGUAUUUAAAAUGUGAAUUCAUAAGCAAUAAUAAAAAAUAAUACUCAUGCAUUUUAUAUACUGAAAUACUUUGAACACAUUGUCACCUUGAAUAUAUACAUAUAUAUUAUAUAUUAUAUAUUUCUGUUUUUAGCAAAAUGUUGCCAUCGAUUUUAUAUAUUUUUUUUAUUCUUCAAUAUGAAUGCCAUUUAAGUUUAUGAAAUGUCAUUAACAACUAGUACCAAGUACAGAAGUCAUUGUUUAUAUAGUGUGUAAAUAAAUAAAUGUGAAAUAUUAUAUGUUCAGUAAAAAAA